GCGACCACAGAUCACUUUUUCAUUUCCUCCACCCACCCAAUGUUCGCUUCAUGGUUGCCUUGUGUUACAACGGCGCUCCUCGCCGUCGCGUCGUUUGCCCAAGACAUCGAGCUAGCAGCUCGCGAUUACUCUCUCAGCGCGGUCGUCGGCAAGGACAGCGCGGGGCAGCCCGAGCUCAGCUUCACCGUGCUGCAGAUUCCAGACAUGCACUACACGGGCAACCCCAAGUACGCGUGCAACGGGCCGCCCCACAUGCCGUGCGGCGAGUACAACAUGACGGACCUCAUCGGCCGGCUCGUGAGCCACGUCCAGCCCAACCUCGUCGUCUUUACCGGCGACCAACGCAACUCGACGGCCGAAGUCUUGACGACGUGGAAGCAAGCGGAAGGCGACCUCACCAAGCACGAGUAUGUACUCUUUGCUAAGGCUGCGUAA